ACCCUUCGUCCGCAUGGUCGUUCUAACCCCCCCUCCCCCACCUUCUAACGCGUCCUCGGUCCCCCCUGUGUCUAGCACAUCCCAGUAUCAAUGGUCUUCUAGGCCGUCUCACAAUUCCAUCUUCGAUCUUUCGCCAGACCUUGUCGACCCCUCAGAUGGCAUUGACCCCAUAGUUCUCGUCAAAACGUUGACCGCGUCUGCCAUACUACAGUACACAAGUAGUGCCAUUGCCAUGCCCUGGGAGGUUGGUAAGCUCUUGCUGCAAGUGCAAUGGGUGCCACGCGAUGCUGGCGAAUCAGACUCAGUGGAGACUGUUCACGAGGAUGAUGAUGCACUGAGUGAUACGUCCAACGACAACGACUCGUAUUUUGCCGAUCCGAGUGCCACUCCUCCAACCGGACCCCCUGCGGUCCGCCCCAUCGAUGAACAAGGGUACAUCGCGCGGCGUUCCAUUCUUGAAGAAAGUACCCGCCCCGAGUAUAUCAUUCCAGUCGGAAGCGCGAAGGGUGUGUGGGGAAUGAUGCGGCGCGUUGGCCGAUUCCGCGGCGAGGGGUGGCUCGCUCUGUGGAAGGGUUUACUAACAUCCUGUGUCACCGAUGUGCUGUCGUCCACCUUCCAACCCGUCAUCCGCAACAUGCUCCGGUCGCUGCUAUACCCCAUCAGCGACGUAUUACGCCUCCCACCCAUGCUCCUACCCGUUCUGUCUCAUCUCAUUAUGGGCUUCGUCCUCUCUCCGCUGGAUCUCGUUCGGACCCGCCUCAUUGUUCAAUCAUUUUCCUCGCGUCAUACGACGUACUCGGGUCCAAUCGACGCACUUUCACGCAUCCUGCGUGAAGAAGGAGGACUGAAAGGCAUAUAUUUGCAUCCCCAUCUUCUCAUCCCGACUCUCAUCGACAAUGCACUUCCUCCAAUCGUCUCAUUCGUCCUCCCCGGGCUUCUUGCGUCGUAUCUCGGCUUCCGGAUUUCGGGAGACUCUAAUCCCAUCGCAUGGGGAUUGGCCGAGCUUGCAGGCAGUUGCAUUGGGCUGGUGGUAACUCUACCUUUCGAGACAGUGAGACGACGACUUCAAGUGCAAGUACGUGGAACUGCACAACCGAUCAAAGGGUGUGUCGAGUUGCGACCCGCUCCCUACAAUGGUGUCGUCGACGCGUUUUGGCACAUCCUCACGGAAGAACGAUCGGAUCUUCCAAUCACCCCCAAGAAGGGUAAACAAGCGGAGAAUCAAUCCGAGGAAGAUCAGAGUUGGAUGAGGACUACGGGCAUCGGUCAAUUGUAUCGCGGGCUGGGGAUGCGGCUGACGGCCAGUGUCAUCAUGUUUGGGCUGACGCUCUUCAGUGGCGGCGACGAGAUGGAGAGCGGUUGGACAGAAUUGUGAAUAGUGGAUAGGAAUGAAUCGUCACCUCUCUUUUCGAGCGCCUGAAGCUUGAGCAACGAUUUAAUCGCCCGCUGACACUACUCGCAUAAGAUUUGAUCAAGUGAAUCAGCUGCCUUGGUUUGGACAGCUAAUAUGUACUUCUUCUUCUGCAACUUGCAUGACUCAAAUUCUCCAGAUUGCACGACGAGUUCCAAGUAGUCGCAAGUGCCCUGGAAGCCAGUAGGCCGUAGUCAUCCAAUGGCCAUCACAAUCAUCUGGGGUUAUUGGAGCGUGUCAUGCACGUGACUCAGCCCCAAAUGAUUCACUGUGUGCCAAUUUUAGAAAUUGCUCUUUCUCCAGACUCCAAACCCCCAGACCCCAGCUCAGGAUGUCGGAGAAACCAAUGUCCAUCAUGCCGCUGCUCUCCAAGGCGCUGCACAGAAUCCGCAGCACGCCGCCUAGGAUCAUUGCCUCUCCUCCAACUCAACCUCGAAGAGCUGCUGUUGCGCUCCUCAUCCGAGUCGUCCCAUCCUCCAAUGCCGUUUUGACACCGGAGAAUUCUAAGCCGGCUACGCUCUCCGACUUUUUCGAACUCGAUUGGGUGAAGGACCCAGCAUCUCGCCCUGAAAUCCUUUUCCUACAGCGCGAAACUGCGGCGCCUGAGGAUGCAGAGAUGAGUCGCAUCAGGAAUACGCAUGAAGCACACGUCGCGUUUCCUGGCGGCAGGACGGAGACGGAUGACGAGGGCGGCUUGUAUACCGCGAUGCGCCAAACGUGGGAGGAGAUAGGGAUAGACCUUGCCGAGAAGAAUUACACCUGCGUUGGCCAGUUGGAUGACCGAGAAAUCACGACCUCACUGGGGAAGCGCCUGCUCAUGAUCCUUUCACCAUUUGUCUUCCUACAGCUUACGCCGCAUGCGCCACCCCCUGACCCCACUCCGACGACAACACUGCACUGGACACCAUUGGCUUCAUUAGUCUCUGCCCAUUCCCCUCCGAAAUGGUCGACUGUGACUGUCGACGCUGCCUCUCGUCUAGCUCCAAGGCAUUCUACAGCUCUGCGUUUGCUAGUCCAAUUGCUCGUUGGCAGCAUGGAGUUCCCAGCCAUCAUCGUUGAACCGUCAUCUGUCUCUUCCAUUUCACCUGACGGCAAACUCAAUGUGGACAAGCUGGAGAAGGGUUACUUCCAGAGCGGGCGACCACGCAAGCUCAAAUUAUGGGGCCUAUCGUUAGGCAUGACUUUGGACUUGAUGGCGUAUAUGGUCCUGCCAUCGCCGUUGGAUAACAUGCAAGGCGGCGACUCGGAGUCGUCUUCGUCAUUCUCACCCAUCAUGCAACUGCCUUACCAAGCGGGGCCAGAUGGCAUGAGAAUGGAUGUUGUUGCGCCGAGUCUUACGAGCGUGUUUCCUCGAUUCUCAUAUCCUGACGUCAACUUCUGGAUCUGGGUGUUUGGUAAAAGGUACCGAGAGGUGGUUCGUGGCUGGGAGGUUAGUUUGCGUAGUGGCGGUACGAAUGACCGCCGGAUCAAUUGGUCGGGCUCUGCAUUAAGCACGUUCUAUGCCGCUAUUCGCAAGGCACUGGUUGUUGUCAUCGUGGCCCGUGCAUUGGGAGUGAUCUUCGGACUUGCAUUUGCCGCGUGGUGGGUGUUCGGGUAACUUAAUUUUAUCUUUGUCUUCGUGGAUGUAAUGUAUAGUUACACAAUAGUUUACAGUUGAUGUUCACUACUGUACUGCCAGACUAGAGCCUACAGCGGUAGACCGCACACCUCGCAGUCCGAACCUCCGUGCGAGUUUUCGAAUGUGCAGUGCGGGCAAAUGCGAAUUCCUCCUGAACUUGAACCGGAUGCGGCAUUGUCCGCUGCAAUCUGGUCAAGGACAUCCUGUGGAAUGUCGUCGUCCAUCGAUGGCGCAGGCCGCGAGGAUGAUGCUAUAACCAUCAGAAGGUGAUAAGCCCUAGAUGCGAUGAAACUUUACCACUUGUCUCUCGAGUGAAUGUCAUCAAUGUAUUCCAUCCUUCCGAUGCCAAUAGAGGAUCCAGCAGAGAAAGAUCUUCCAAAAGGUUUGGAGAUGUCACCACUCGUAUCAUGAGGGCGAUAUCGUCCUACACGAUGCUUAGCCAGCCGAAAUGUCGCAAUAAACAAGACAUACCGGCGAGAACAACUGGGUGGUUUGUAGGAAAGCAACCAGAUGGUAAUCGCUCAAGAACGUCGCCAACUCUCGACGCUUGUGAGCCUCUCCAGCCUUGGCCGUUCGGCUAUCCUGGAUAUUAGGCGCAUCGAGACGGGCCAGUGCGCUGAUGACGCCUUCCACUCUCUGGUCUUCCAAUCCAGGCCGGUUCUCGAUAGCGAACUUGGCGGAUUGGAACAAAGGUGAAGGGUUUUGUGGGAAACCAUGAGUAACCUAGAUUCUCUGAGCAUGGUCCAAAUACUAUGGUCCAAAAACCUACAUUGACCAUCAGAUACUCCACCGGAAAAGCGGGUUUCGCCGUCUUCUUCACUUCCAGGCCAUACUCGUUUUUGAAAGUAAAGAACACGUCCGGAACGUAUCGAGCAGCGUCCUGAGAACGGUCUUCCUCCUUGACACGCACGAUCCCGGGGUCGACGCUCGCUUCGAUCAUGUCAGCUUCAACCAUCGCACAUGCCUGUUCCGAGACUUGGUAUGCCGCAAUAUCGACUUGGCCCUCCUCAUUGGCAGUGAUGAUGGUAGUCACUAAGCGGGAUCCAAACUGGCCAGACGUAGAUGACUUGGAUGGUGUAGGGUUCGCGCGCUGCAGUGUAGCCGCGAAGAUGGCUUCCAACGAGGACAUUGAAAAGGACCCUGGAUGACGCUUGUACACAUUCUUCGAUCGAUCUCCCUCAACGGGCGUCAGAUCAGUGAAGACAUAUCCGACGAUGCUCAAGGGCUUCGAUGCGCAUCCAGAGAGUUUCCGGAUCCGCUCUUCUUCUUCCCAAGGCAGCCCUAACGUCAAACCAUCGAGUUCGCCCUCUUGCGGUGGCUCAUAGAUCGCCUCUGCCACUGCCUUGAGGCCCAUAGGAACAACAUCGUAUGGCUCGUAAUGUCCCACCAACCAACCGAACCGUUGACAUCCGGUCACCCUCCACGCGUGUAGAAAGCGUUCGAUGACCUCAGGCGAUGCGAUUUCCAGGUGAUCUACCAUUCGAAAUGGCUGAGACUGCAAGGUUAUCGCUGACGGUUGACAAGAUGUGCAAAUGCUGGCAGGCCAUGCAGGAUGCCCGCUGGGACAGGGCACUUUGACUUUGUAAGAAAGCGGGGUGAACGGCGGGAGGGAUGAUGUCGCAGACGCGCCGGACGUCGGCGCGAUCUUCCUCAGAUACGCAUGGUAAGACAGAUGCUUGAUCGCGUGUUCCUUGUGGUAAGCCGCGUCGUACGGCUCAAGAGGCAUGCAGUAGUCGCACAUACCCUUGACUGCGUGUGUGCAGAAGCGCGAGUCCCGGCUACGAGGGAUCUUCCCAUCCUGGGAGCGCCAGUACACAUCCACCGGAUCUUCCGUGACUGUGUCCCAGACGCGAGUUCCAUCGGUGUGCGGCUGGGUGGACGAACUAGGCUCUGGGGCAGCUGGUGUUGCUUCAGUCUUGUCUUUGUAUUGGACAAAG